UUUUGGCACUUAGCCAGGGACAGUAAACAAUUACUUGGCUGGAUUAGCGAUAUGUUUCCUUAAAAGCUCCACAAGUGUGUAGAUACCCCUAUUUUAAAAAUUCCGAAAAUCCAAGAGCCAAGUCCAUUGACUUCCAUAAUUAUCUAGAGUUUUUUUUUGUUCAUAAACUUUGAGAGUUGACUAUUACAAAAAUUGAAAAAAAGUGUAGCGUCCGUCGGUGAGAGUGAGUUAACCGGAUUCCCUCCGUUUAUACGUUUCACAAUCCGAAAUCAUAACCACCUUCUUCUUCUUCUUCCCUUUUCCUUUUUUUCUCAUCCCUCACCCUCUCCUUUCCUUUUUUCAAUUUACACGUAAAGUCCAUAAAAUAUACUCUGUAUUUUGCCUACGUCAACCACAUACUAAUCAAAGUUUGUUGCUUUUAUAUUGUUGACAAUUGUGCUUUUGCAGUAUUGAAUUGAGGAAAAUCCUUUUUUGAGUGAUCUGAAUCUAUUGAAGAAGGUAGGGUUGUGAAUUUUUUGUGUGAUUUAGAAUGCAGCAGGAUUCGGCGUUGGAGCAGGAACCGGAUGAUUCUGAAGCUGAGCCCGAAUUCGUUGAGCUAGAUCCUACUGGUCGUUACGGUCGGUACAAAGAGGUUCUGGGAAAAGGAGCUUUUAAGAAAGUAUAUCGAGCGUUUGAUGAAUUGGAGGGAAUAGAAGUAGCUUGGAACCAGGUUAAAGUUGUUGAUCUAUUGAGGAAUGCUGUGGACUUAGAGCGUCUUUACUCUGAAGUUCAUUUGCUUAAAACCCUCAAGCACAAGAAUAUCAUCAAAUUUUACAAUUCUUGGGUUGAUACAAAGACUGAGAAUAUCAACAUUAUUACUGAAAUAUUCACUUCUGGGACUUUAAGACAAUACCGCAAAAAACAUAAGAAGGUUGAUUUGCGAGCACUCAAGAAUUGGUCUCGACAGAUAUUGGAGGGGCUGUCAUAUCUACAUGGUCACGACCCUCCUGUUAUUCAUCGAGAUCUUAAGUGUGAUAAUCUUUUCGUCAAUGGUAACCAAGGGGAGGUGAAAAUCGGUGACUUGGGCCUUGCAGCAAUUCUUCGUAAGGCUCGUUCAGCUCAUAGUGUCAUUGGUACUCCAGAAUUCAUGGCACCAGAGCUUUAUGAGGAGGAAUAUAAUGAGCUAGUAGAUAUCUAUGCUUUUGGCAUGUGCUUGCUGGAGCUGGUGACUUUUGAGUAUCCAUAUUGUGAGUGCGCAAAUGCUGCCCAGAUAUAUAAGAAAGUGACAGCA